CCGUUCAAUGGAACUUGUGCUGAAAGUUUGGAACUGCUCUAAUAAAUAAAUUUACUACCAUAUAGAAAGUGAAUAAGAUGUAUUAAUUGCCAUUGUCAGCAUGUCAGCGGCAGUUGAUAUCAUCACUGGCUGCUGAAAAGUAGCCGAAGUCGACUUACACAGUGUAGUCGCAUCCACAGAUAAAUUCUAAUAGGCCAGUGUACAUAAUCGCUCAGCAUGAAUUCCUGCAGCGACAGUAGCAACGACUCUAUGGACGCAAAUGUAAAUCAUGUUGCCAGUGGACAACACACGGGGUUGCACAUGACAUUUGGCGAUGGCAGUGCUGGCACAACUUCAGCAUCACAGGAGCGUUACGUAUGGGAAAUGCGGAGGCGGAGCCCGAAUGUGACACCAGCUAGCACAGUGCUAAACUCACCAGAUAUGAAUGCCGAACUUGAAUACUCGUCCAUGCAUCACCAGACAUUUAAGCAACGGUCGCCGCCUCAUCAACUGCCUGGAUAUUUGGGUACCCAGCAGCAUCAUUCUGAAUAUUAUUACCAGCGUCCUCAUCCACAUCAGAUACGCGUAGGACACAGUCCGGGAAGUAGUCAGUUUGAACCGGAGGGCGGCUUAGCGAGUCCCGGCUCACCAACGGAUGUGGGUAAGGCCGAUGGUCAUUGUCUGCGGGACGGAGAGAUUGUCGUAUUUGAUGACAUCGACACAAACUGGAUGAACAAACCCGCGGCACUGGCUCCUUCUGACAGGGAAAACAGCGAGGAUAUUCUGAAGGUCACCAAAAUGAUUGGUCAGCUGCCUAUAGCUGAGUAUGAGGGCUCACCGCGUCGAUUUGGCAAUCAGCAAAUGUCUGCCAAGGGUGCUGGAUUUCCCAAGCGACCACCCGGUUUUCCGCAGCGCGUCUCACCAAUCACACAUCGCCCGAAUAAUAACAACGUUAUUGGCAGCAUGGCUGACAAGACAUCCGUGGGUAAUCUGAUUGAUCUGAUCGAUCAUGAGGGGACGAACGCAACAGGGUCCUCGAAGACUCCAACCUUUGACUAUCUGUACGAGUUCUCAGAGACUCGCAAAGUGCUGGAGGAGUUCUUCAAAGCGAAUCCCGAUGACGAACAGCGUUUUACAGAUUUCACGACAGAAAGUGGUGACGAUGUGGCCAGUUCUGACAUGCAACCGCGCGUCUGCGAAAUAGACAAACAUAUCGAGCAGGCUUACAUUGGCCAGCGUCUAGCUAGAAUCCCCAAAGACGAGCUUUACAUUGUACAUCGUUCGUCCAGGAUACAGUCUAGCGAGCACAAUACCUACCAGGAGCACAACGACAUCGAGCUGUAUAUAGACUCAAACAGCCGAAGUAGUGGUGACCUGGCCGACACAGAAAUGGAGGCCAAUCUGCGUCGUCACUCGCGUAACUUUACGCUUUCACCGGAAACGACGGAUUACGAUUCAAACUGCGGUGAUAUGGAUAGCCUGUCAAAUGACAUUAACUGUGCCACAACCGACUAUGGCAAACUGUACACUAGCAUGCCCGUGCUAGAGGAUGGUCUUAGCAGUGGCCAUGCAUCAGAUACUGAAAACAAUGUUUCUGUAGUCUGCGACAAGCAGCAACAACCUCAACAACAGCAACAGCUUCAGCAGCAACAAAAAAUCACUAACGAGCAUGAGCACAACGGCAACAGUGACUGUGAACGUUUGCCCAAUGAAUACAAUUCAGCAAGUCUGGUCUCGGCAGCGGCAACAGAUGCUUUGCAGUCAAACGAUUUUGCGACUGCCGCGUUGCCAACGCCCCAGCUGUUGUCCGCUUCACCGACUGCCACGCCAACGCCGCCGCCACACACCGAAGAUGCGCAGAUGGCGUUGAAUGUCGUCAAUGCUGAUAGCCACAGUCCCGUGGAAACGUACUACGACCCAGUUUAUGCCGCUGGGGCAGAAUCAAAAACUAAACUAUCAUCUUCAUCAGCUGUUGUGAGCGGUACAUCACCAAGAAAGAUACAAGAGACCAUGAUGGAAAUACGAUCGGCUCUUCAGCGUGCAAAAACACAGCCCGAAAAAUUAAAAAUUUGCGAUGAAAUAUUGGCCGUAGAUCCAGAUUCGCCAGUAUGGGUGCCACGCAAGAACGCCUCGGCUACACGUCUGGAAGAGGAUGAAGCCGACACAGAUUUGGAAACGGACCGGCUAUUGGGUCAACAGGAUUUCUUUGCUGAACAGACUAGGGAAUUGUCCGUCGCUGCCGAUAGCAAUGCCAAUGGCUUAGCUAACAACAAUGCCAAUAACGUAAAUGGAAGUGACAACAAUAGCAAUUCAAAGGCGCAAGGCUACUCGACGGCAACUAUUCGGCAGGGUAUAGGCACUUCACUGACGCCCAAUUCUCCGGAUAUAUGCCAAAUUGUUGAUGAUAUGAACGUUACGCUCAGUUCGCCGGAAAAGCUUCAAUACUCGAAGAGCCCCACGGGUUCCAUAAAAUCUUUCAAGGAUUCGGCCAACAUCGAUAAAAAGGCUAAAUCGCGUAAUAAAGAGGGUUUAUUGGAACCCAAAGUAUUAAUCGAGGGUGUUCUUUUUCGCGCUCGGUAUUUGGGCUCCACUCAGCUAGUAUGCGAGGGUCAGCCCACAAAGUCAACGCGAAUGAUGCAGGCCGAGGAAGCAGUAUCGCGCAUUAAGGCACCUGAGGGUGAAAGUCAGCCCAACACUGAAGUGGAUCUAUUCAUUUCGACUGAGAAGAUAAUGGUGCUCAACACAGAUCUGAAGGAGAUUAUGAUGGAUCAUGCUCUGCGAACUAUCUCCUACAUAGCUGACAUUGGUGAUUUAGUUGUGUUAAUGGCGCGUCGACGUUUUGUACCCAAUGGCGCCGUAGUUGGACUUGAAACAAUCACCUGUCCAGGCCCUGGAGAGAUCACCGAUGGCGAAACGUUGAAAGAAAAUACCAGCAACAAGGAGAGCGGUUCUUCCAACAAGCACAAUCGAACGCCUAAAAUGAUAUGUCAUGUUUUUGAGAGCGACGAGGCACAGUUCAUAGCUCAGUCUAUUGGUCAGGCUUUUCAGGUGGCCUACAUGGAGUUCCUGAAAGCAAAUGGCAUUGAGAAUGAGAAUCUAGCCAAGGAGAUGGAUUACCAAGAAGUGCUUAACAGUCAGGAGAUUUUUGGCGACGAGCUCGAGAUAUUUGCAAAGAAAGAGCUACAAAAGGAAGUAGUGGUUCCCAAGGCUAAAGGCGAAAUACUUGGAGUUGUCAUCGUGGAAAGCGGCUGGGGCUCAAUGCUGCCGACGGUGGUCAUUGCCAAUUUAAUGUCCGGCGGCGCAGCCGCACGCUGUGGCCAAUUAAAUAUUGGCGAUCAGUUAAUAGCCAUUAAUGGCAUGAGCCUCGUUGGAUUGCCGCUGUCCACCUGCCAAAGCUAUAUACGCAAUGCCAAAAAUCAAACUGCCGUCAAGUUCACCGUUGUGCCCUGCCCGCCAGUCGUUGAGGUUAAGAUCCUACGUCCUAAGGCGCUCUUUCAGCUAGGCUUUAGCGUGCAAAACGGCGUGAUUUGCAGCCUGCUGCGUGGCGGCAUUGCAGAACGCGGCGGUGUGCGCGUUGGUCAUCGCAUUAUCGAGAUCAACAAUCAGAGUGUGGUGGCUGUACCACACGAUACUAUCGUCAAAUUGCUAUCCUCAUCUGUGGGCGAGAUCUUAAUGAAAACGAUGCCCACGUCCAUGUUUCGAUUGCUCACUGGCCAAGAGACGCCAAUUUAUAUUUAAUAUGACCGUGCACCACCCAGCACACACUGUGGACUCACAUGUCUUUUGUGUUGUCCCAAACCGCAAUCCCAGUUGAAUUAUAAAAAUAUACUUUCAGUAUGCUAAGCAAACUCAAAAGUCCAAUCAAUAAGAUUCAACUUUCGGAAAUUGAAAAUUACAUUCUCACACAUCAUCCAAUAAAACUAAGCACCCUGAGCAUAGAAAUUAAUUAAUUUUUUUUUAACGCCAUAAUAAUUUGUCAUAUUUACUUUUCCUUUGCUCUUUAUUUUUUUAUUUUCUUGAUGUAUUUGAAAAAGACUGAACUUAGGGAUUUGUAUAUGUGUCUGUGUACGAGAGUGAUUUAAAAAAUACUGUUCUGGAAUAUAUCAAGUUUAAAAAUUUAAAUAUAUUUUAUUUACCGCAAUCUUAACAUAUUUAUACAUAGCUAAGUCUAUACGUCGAAAGACAAGCCAUAAAAAUGUGUGUGCGUGUGUGUGAUUCUGAUUAGAGAGAGAGAGAGAGAAAAAGAGCGAUGGUUAGGUCAAGAACUUAUAAGAAUUGAGUGGAAUUUAUUCGCCAACAAGUUGGACAGAAAGCCUGACCGUUUAUGAUAUGCUAAUUUUUUUUUUGUAAAUUUAUUUUAUUAACUACAUUUAUACUUUGCAAAUAUGCCAAAAACAAAUAUUCGUUGUACGAGUAAGACGAGAUGAGAUUUCGUUAAAUUUUAUUUUCUUUGUAUAGAUAAUCUUAACGCAUUACCUUAAAUAAAGUCAAACACUUAGCAUAGUCUUAAUGCCUGUUAUAAACAAAACAAUAAACAAAACGAAAUGCAUUUAAUUAACAUCGUCAAAAUAAUGUGUAUACUUACAAUAAAUGUGCGAAACAAAAUUUGCGCUCUUAUCGAUUAUUGUCAUUUGAGAAAAAAGCAAUGAGCAAUUUUAAACAUUAACAAAAAUUAAAUAAAAGCCACAGCAACAAAAGUAAUAUGAAGAACAAUAAAUCAAGCAUUAAAUAAUUUUGGUUAAGCAAAUCAAGUAUGUAACUUAAGUAUAUUAUAAAGAGCUUAUUUUUGCUAUAAUUGAGAAGAUUCACAUUGAAAACGAAAAGUGACCCGCAGUUACAUAAAAUAAAUAAAACAAGUAAAAUGUACAAUGUAAGUAUAUUGAUACAAACAAUACAUACGUGUACAUACCUAUGUAUAAUGAUUAAUAUUUCAAAUUGUUUAAGGGCUUGAAGUGCAGGUAACCAAAAGUUUAUAUGCUACAAAUAUGUAAGCAUAUCAAAUACAUAUAUGUAUUUUAAUACUCUUUGGACGUUCGCAAAGGCAAUAUUUUUUAAAAACGCACAGCCAAAGCCGAGCAAAUAAUUGAAUAAUAUAUUUAUAGAUAAAAUUAUUGAAAGUCUUGUUUAAACGAAUAUAACUCUAUUGUAAUGCGCCUAAACUAAAUAGCUACCACACUAAUUGUAUACCAUCUAUUUAAACACCAAAACAUGGAAGUCCAUCAACAUACUUAAGCCGAGUUCGGUCAAAGGGCCAUUCAGGUGAAGCGCAGCUUACUUUGCAAUUAAAUAUAAUAAUUAAAAUACACU